GUUUUGUUUUGUUUUUUUUUUAAGGAAAGAGUGACUGCAUUGGAGAGUCUGAAGACGUAGAGAAGUUGUCCUUUGCUCGGCAUACACGUUAUGAACCCUUUCUGGAGCAUGUCUACAAGUUCUGCACGCAAGAGACCUGAAGCUGAAGAAAAGACUUUGACUGGAGAGCUGAGAACCAGUCCUCCACGCACCUCUACAAAGAAACAGUUGCCUUCUAUUCCUAAAAAUACUGUGCCAGUAACUAAACCUGCUUCCCCUGCCCCUUCUUCCCAGUCUACAAAUGGAACACAUGCCUCCUAUGGGCCUUUCUACUUGGAGUACUCCCUCCUGGCAGAAUUCACCUUGGUUGUAAAGCAGAAGUUACCAGGAGUCUACGUGCAGCCUUCUUACCGAUCAGCAUUAAUGUGGUUUGGAGUAAUAUUUAUUAGGCAUGGACUCUACCAGGAUGGGGUGUUUAAAUUUACAGUCUAUAUUCCUGAUAACUACCCAGAUGGUGAUUGCCCGCGCUUGGUUUUUGAUCUACCAGUCUUUCAUCCACUAGUAGAUCCCCUCUCGGGUGAACUGGAUGUGAAAAGAGCAUUUGCAAAAUGGAGGCGGAACCAUAAUCACAUAUGGCAAGUACUAAUGUAUGCUCGUAGGGUCUUCUACAAGAUUGAUACAACAAGUCCUUUGAAUCCAGAGGCUGCAGUGCUAUAUGAAAAAGACAUUCAACUGUUCAAAAGUAAGGUUGUAGACAGUGUCAAACUAUGCAGCAGUCACUUAUUUGACCAGCCUAAAAUAGAAGAUCCCUAUGCAAUUACCUUCUCUCCAUGGAAUCCAGCUAUACAUGAUGAAGCUAGAGAGAAGAUGUUGACUCAAAAAAAGAAGUCAGAAGAUCAGCACUGCAAAAGCAUGCAUGUGUCUGGCCUGUCAUGGGUAAAGCCUGGUUCAGUUCAGCCUUUCAGCAAAGAAGAGAAGACGAUGCCUACCUAGUGUUUAUGGACAUUGAUGCACAAACACUUCAUGCGGGUGGAGGGAAUGUAAUGGAGAGAGAUGCAGCAAAGCAGUGACUUUUUUUUUUGUUCUUUUCUGAUCAUGGAUUCAUAAUCUGAAUGACAGCAGUGACUCCAGUAAAUCUACUCAGUGGAGUGCUUUGACUCUUAAUGUUUUACAUAUACAUUAGUUUUAAAGGCAGCCUGGAGUUUGGAAGUAUCGCUGAAUACUACAGUGCUUUUCUUAGAAAACUCUCUGGGGUGGGUAACUCCUCAGGGUGCUAAAAUGCCUGGAGGCUUUGGGUUGGUUUUCUUUUUAAGCUUUUCUUUUUGCUGCUCCAGAAAUAGCAUUUUUGAAUUUCUAAAAUGCUGGCAGAAAAAUUAGCAGGAAACUGGUGCCAGAGGUAAGCUGUGUUCAUGUAAACUAAUAGCAGAGUUAAACACUAUAUAUUUAAUGGUUUUAAAUACAUUGGUUUCUAUUGUAAAUACAUUAGCAUUUGAAAUUUGUAAAUAGCUGGUCAAAUGACUCCCUCUAGCACUUUCAAGGAAGGCAAGGCUGAGUUUGGUACUCAGUAUAUAGUGCAUUAUUAACUUCAAAAAUGUGUCACUAAAAUGCACAUUAGUCUGACAAAAUGAGAGCAGUGGUAGGCUUACUAGGUUUUUAUUGCAAAGGCUAAAAAUCAAAGCUUUUAAUGAGGUGUUUUUAUCUAAUAAAAUCUUAUUCUCAAGUUUAUGCAGCAGGGAUUACUAAACUAGUUUGACUAAUGUGUGUUUAACAGUGACAUCUUAAAAUUAAAAAAUCAUGGU